UGGGCUAAAAUAUUAUAAUUUAUACGGUGACCAAAUUUAUUUCAACUUUUUACGGGUACAAACCUUUUUUUUUGAUUUAACAAGAUAAGUUUCACACAAACAAGUUUUUAAAAUUGACAAAUACGGUGCCGUUAAUGCAGCAACAUCCACGAUCAAUCAGUUACUUUCCUUAUGCUUAAGAUUUUCUCUAGAUUUUCGGAACCGUUUAGCACAUUUUCUAAUUAACCAAAUAUUACCAAAAACAUUUUGAAUGUAGGUUGAAUCAGUUUUGUAAUGGCGAAUACUAGGGCUGCCACCUCCAAAUCGCCGACCGAUAAAUCUCAAUCAAAGAAAAACCCGCCUAUGAAGUCGAAAGUUGUUGCAACCAAAAGGAAGGUUGAUUUCAAAGAUAUUCCUUCAACCAGCAAGCAACGUAGGCUUCAGAAUGAUGAAGAAGAGAGUGACAGUGAUUUUGAAACUGUCAGUGAUAACAAAAACAAAAAGGACAACAAAAUUGCUCUUCCUUCUCGCUAUAUUAGGGAUGGGGACUACUUUAUCAAGCCUAAUGAACAUUUUUCAGUCAAGGUUCAGCAUUUUGAAGGGGUAAAUGUUAUAUCAAAUAUUAAGAAAAUUUUGUCACCUCAAAAUUUGGAAAAGUUUUCAACAAGUUGUUUUGGGUUUUUUCUUAAAAUGAACGACUAUAUAUUGCAACCUCAAUUGGUCCACAGUUUACUUUUGAGAGAAAUAAAACAACCAAACUACUAUGAACUGUGGAUUAAUGUGUCGGGCAAAUUGCUCAAAUUCUCUCUUGAUGAAUUUGCAGUAGUUACUGGUCUUAAUUGUACCGAAAACGUCGAUAUGAAAUUGUACAAGAAAUCUGAUUCUGAUUUUAAACUCAACUGUUUUGGAAAUAUUACAAAGGUUUCAAAAAAAAAUGUAGAGGACAGUUUUUUAUUGAAGCGUUGGUCCUCUGAAGAAGAGUCUUUCAAAUUGGCGGUUUUGUAUUUUGUCGAACUAUUUUUGUAUAAUAACCAGGCAGACGCAAUUGUUCGUGACGAACAUAUCAACAUUGUGGGUAAUGGGGAAUAUGAAAAUUUUGCUUGGGGCAAAGAUGUUUUUCACUGUACGAUUGAGUUUUUAAAAAGUAAGUUGAGUUCAGUAAAAAGAUGUGAUUUUCUUAAGAAAAACAAGAAUGUUGGUGUACCUCCCAACACUUGUCGGUACGAUGGUUUUCCUCUUGCUUUUCAAUGUUGGUUUUUUGAAUGCUGCCCCGCGUCAAAUGGAACCUUGGCUGAAUGUUCUGGAAGUCAUAUCCCUCGUAUUUUGAAAUGGAAGAUCACAGAAUUGAGGCAACGCAAGUAUUUAGAUCGACAUUUUUUUUCACAAUCUGCUGAAAAGUUGAAACUGUCCAACCUACACCCAACUGCUGAGGAGAGAUCAGUACUUAAUUUGGGUGGCAUGUUCCUGAAAAAGAAGCGGAAAGCGCCAAUCGAGGAAACAAUGCAUGGAGGAAAUGUUGAUGCUAGUUUGCAUGAAAAAAUUAAAAAGCUAGACAUGGAUCAAACCAGUAUGUAUACUGAAUUUACAUUGUUCAAGAGUUUUGUCGAGAAUAAGUUCUCAGAAGUUGUUGGUCUUCUUGGGGAUUUGAAGAGCCUAGUUUCGAAUAGUGUUCAUAACGAACAUGUUAAGGAGGACGAUUCUGAUUACGACGAGCAAACCCCAGAUGCAUCUGACGAUGAGACAACUUCAAAUAGUUCCGAAAAAGAAGAAGAUUCACGGCUUGAAGGUCAUGACAUUGUGGCAAAUGUCAAUGAAACAAUUGACUCAACUGACCAAAAUGAUCAAGGAAAGGCAACUGACCAAGGAACUGAACAUGAAACAGCCCUUCAUGAAGAAUCAAAAGUGAGUGAGCAAGGAACUAACCAUGGACACCAAGGAAUUGAACAUGCUGGUCAAGAAAAAGAGACUGAGCAAGGAACUAACCAUGAACACCAAGCAAAAGAGAGUGAAACAGCCCUGCAUGAAGACCAAGGAACUGAGCAACCUGGCCAUGAACAAGUUGCUGAAAAGGUUGUUGCAUUCGAUGAACUUCAAUGUCCAAGUCUCUUUGACGAUAUUGAUCCAAGUGCGUUACACAAAGCAGCAGACAUAGUUGAGAGGGAGUUUGAAAUUUCAAAUGCAACGGAGGACCCACCUAUUGAUUGUACUCCAGUAGCUGUUUAUGUUCCACGCAGGAAGGUCAAAGGUUUGAAUCCUCUUGAUGAUAAUCUUGGUAGCAUCACACAUUCACCUCAGAUGGAUGCGUGGCUUGCUUGGAUUGACGUUGGAUUUAAGAGAAAUAACUACGCACCUGCUGACAACAUAUUGGACCACGGUUUAAAUCUAGGAGUUCUCACCAUUUACGUAAAGCUGUGGUGGCAUUCACUCGUUUAUCGUGGCGUAUUCUUGGACGACACUCAUAUCGACGUCGGCAUGUAUUUUAUUCGCAAGAAGGCUAAGUAUAAUCCACACAAUGGAUUGCGAAUAACCACCACAGACUGUCUUUUUGAUGACAGAAUACAGGGGUUGUUUAUGCUUUAUACGAAAAACAAGGGCGAUACAUCAACGGUCGCCGAUCUAAACAUUGCUGCUGAUUACGUCCAAGGUUAUGGCAUUCUAUGCAACACUCCAUGGAAAGAUGUGGAUGAGGUGCUGUUUCCAAUGCAUUUAACCAACAAAAAACAUUGGGUUUUGGGUCGUUUUGUGUUUAAAGACAGGUGUGUAUACGUUUACAAUUCGUUGGACACUGCUACGUCCAAGAAAGAAUCAGAAAAAGCUGCGAAGAAAUAUUCAGUCGUGCUUCCCAGGAUUUUUGCUCUUUUGGAUAUUUACAAUCUUCGGACAGACAUAGACCUACAAUCACCUGCCUAUCGAAAUAAAUUGCCGGAUUCCCCUUUUUCCGUUUCAUAUGUCACUGAUCUACCAAUUCAGAAGAAAAGCGAUUGCGGAGCAUUUGUUUUGGCUUUCGCUGAACAUUUGAUCAGAAGUCAACCAAUUCCAUCAGAGUUUUUGAUUGAGAGCCAUCGUGAACGGAUUGCGUAUCUGUUUUUUAAGUAUGCAACCAUGAAGCAUGAUAACAACAUUGACAGUGAUGAGGAGGUGGAACCCAAACCAAAGAUGAAGGGCGUUAUCAGAAUUUAACUCUGUUUUACACAUUGGAAUUGUUUUGUUUUGUUUUUAGAUUUACAACAUUAAUAGGUAGGUGUUUAACUGUUUUUAUCCGACCUUGUU